GUAAUCCGACCGACACAUGACGAAAGUACUACGAAAAGAGUACUACGGUUGCUAUUUCGCAAAAGAUACGUCUUCGUUUCGGUCUUGUUACCCGUGCAAGUUAACUUUGCGCGUUUCGUAAUCGUCGUUUGUAAAAGUGUAUAGUAGUUUUUUUUUUUUUUUACUAUUUUAAUCGACACACGAUAUGAGUAAACUUGUUUCACAUUCUGCAUCUACCUUUAUAGGCCUUUGUUUUUGUAUAAUUUGGUCACAAUCAGCUGUAGCCAUCGAUUUAAGAGGAUUUUACGGUCACGGCAAUAUUAAACGUACCGGUGAUACACCUUGUCAUCCAUAUGAACCAUUUAAAUGUCCUGGUGAUGGAGCUUGUAUUUCUAUACAGUAUUUAUGCGAUGGAGCUCCAGACUGUCCAGACGGGUACGACGAGGAUCCUAGGUUAUGUACCGCAGCGAAGCGUCCUCCGGUAGAAGAAACGGCAAGUUUUCUUCAAUCUCUUAUAGCUAGUCAUGGACCAAAUUAUUUGGAAAAAUUAUUCGGAAAUAAAGCGAGAGAUGCUUUGCAGCCUCUCGGUGGAGUGGAAAAAGUAGCCAUAACUUUAUCUGAAUCGCAAACGAUUGAAGAUUUCGGUGCAGCUUUACACCUGAUGAGAUCAGAUUUGGAACACCUUCGUUCAGUUUUUAUUGCAGUUGAAAAUGGAGAUAUUGGUAUGCUGAAAAGUCUUGGAAUCAAGGAUUCGGAACUAGGCGAUGUUAAAUUCUUUUUAGAAAAAUUAGUAAAUACUGGUUUUCUCGACUAAGAAUAAGUAUCUUUUUCCUUUUUUUUUAUUUGUAAAUAAUUUUUUUUCUUUUUAAAAAUAUCGUUUUGAAAAAAAAUUGGAAUGGAAGUCAUGUUACGUUGAUAGACUGUUGUUGGUAUUAGAAUCUAGCAAUAAUUAUAGGAAAAAAUAUUUCGUAUAUGUAAAAAAAAAAAAAAAAAAAAAAAAAAUGG